GCACCAAAUUUAAAUGUUAAUGACUUUAAAACAAUUUCAUAUACUUACCAGCUUGAAUAAUGAAAUCAAUGACUGAUGGCUCUAACAUGAAACAGUACGAGUGGUCACCUUUAGCUACUUUUAAAUUAAAGUGACUGUCAGUUUGGGUCAUGAUAAUGUCUUCACACUUCUACGCGUAGUAAGAGAGCAGAGUAGACAGAGCAAGAAUUAAUUUCAAUUUUCAAUUAAUUAAGUUCAACAGACUCACGAGAUGAAAUAGCAAAUCAAUCUGACAAUGGAAAAUUUAAAAUAGAUUAUGCUCCUUAAAUUGACUGCACUGAGCAAGAUUAUGUGUGUUAUCAUUUGYACGCWUUACGUGCAACUAACCGCACUGGUGCAGUCAUAUGGAAAACACUAUAAAACAUAAAUUAUUUGUGUUCAUUGGCAUCUGGCACACUGCCGGCUAUAAGCGGCGGAUUUCCUCUUGUGCUAGCACUCCGGUGGAUCGCGACUGCACUAUAGCCUUUUUAGUUUUUUCCUCGGUCAAAACGGGUGGUGUAAGCAAAUCGGGCCGAGCUCUCUCUGUUCACCGUGAAUCCCGACCGCCUCAUUCCGCGGUUGCCAUAGCAGCCGUCACCGCGCCGUCGCGGCUCGAGCACUACAUCUUCCACAGGUCUUUAAAGGUCUUUUGAUUCACCAUAGUACGUCAUUGUUCGGUGGAUGAUUCGUGUCGACUGGCUGACGAAGUGAUCGACGCCCCGACGGUUGUAGGUACUUACUAAGCGCCACACAUCGUCUGCUGUUUUGUUCGGACUUUACUUUGUAAUACGUGUGAACGUAUUUUGUCGACAUGGAACGAGCACCGUCCGGUGGACAAGGUCUCAAGAGGAGAAGACCAAAUCGUAUUAUUGACUUGGAUAUAAAACGCUCCAUUGGAGCUAUAUCUUCCAUGGAAUAUAAACGUCGUACAAUUAUUAAUGAGAUCAAUAAUGUCGCCUAUGCACUUCAUAAAACUUCUUUGCCUGCAAUUUACAUUAAUCCAAUUCGUACAGGCGCUCAAAAUUAUGUACAAGAUGAUAUUCUAGCGAUGGAAGUUGAUCCAAUAGAAAGUAAAUGUUUACUUGCCGUAUCAAGAUACAACAGUGUAGCUAUUUAUAAUGUUUCUCCAAAUGUUAAAAUCUUUGAUCAAAUGAAGCGAAUGACUAUACCACAUGACCCAAUUGAUAAUAAUGGAUCACCUAAUUCAGCACAUUGGCUUUGGGAUGGUACAGUAUUUAGUGUUUGUACUAUGGAUUCUGUCCAUUUUUGGGAUUCAACUACUUGUAAAAUAAUUGAAACUGUGAAGAUGCGUACAAAAGUUUUGAACCAUGUGAUGGCUGCAAAAAAGUAUAGCGUUAACAAAUAUGUUGCAGUGACAGGAAUUGAAGGACAUGUAUUCAUGAUUGAUAUGCUACAUGGUAUUGUUGUAAUGACUAUGAAAAAUAUUGAGAAAAAACCAAUAAGAGCUAUACAUUGGCAUCCAACAAAUGAAUUACAAUAUGUUACUGGCAAUUGCAAUGGAAACAUUUACCUAUGGGAUAUUCGUUUUCAAAGAGACUUUGUUUUCAAAUUCAAAAAUGAAGAUUCUUUUUCUGUAUCAACUAGCCAUACUUAUCCAGUUAUUGGGUUACGGUUUUAUAAUGACGGAAAUAGUGUUAUAUCUGUCGAUAACAAUGGAGGCAUCAAAACUUGGGAAGUUAGUACUGGUCAUCUUCGUCCUAACCACUAUGAAUCUGUACCAUUGUGUGACCUUAACAAGAAUCAUAUUUUUAAAGAUUAUCAGUUUGCUGUUACUGAAAAUUUGAAAGAAGACAUUGUAUUUUUGCCAUCAAAAAGAGGAAUGAGAAUAUUUGAUAUUGAAAGUGGUGAACAUUUACCUUUUUCUAAUGAUAUACCUCUACCUAUGAACUGUGCUACUUACGAUAGCAAACGAUUUUGUGUUUAUGGGGGCUCUAAUGACUUAAUAAAAUUAUGGACACCUGAAAAAAAAAUGACUGACUGAACUGUAUGUUUAUGAUGGCUAAUUAUAUUAAUCUAUCCUUGUAUCAAUUUUUUCUUACAAUUUUCUAAUUUCUUUAUGCUUAUAUAAUAUCAAUUC